GUACUGGCGGUCCAUGAGCAACCUGGUCCACUCCCUGGUAUCCCAGUGUCGAUCCAUCAUGUCACUUCUAGUUAUACUGUUCCUCUUCAUCUUUAUUUUUACCCUCCUUGGGAUGCAGAUAUUUGGUGGGAAGUUCACUUCAGAACAGAGGAGUAAUUUUAACUCAUUUUGGGCAGCCUUGUUGACAGUGUUCCAGGUAUUUAAUGACAGGACACUUUGCCUUUGGAAUGGAAGGCCAAAGAUAAACUAAAAUGCUGGCUUAUUGGCUAAUAUUAAAAUUUCAUAUUUUAUAAAAACAAUACAGUUUUAAGAGUGAAAUGUUUCAGAAUUUUCUUCAGUUUGUCAUUUUAUUUAGCAACAUACACUUUUUAAAUUAGCUUAAAUCUGAAAGAAAAAACAGUAAGCCAGAAAGAAGAGUUUAAUCUGUACUGAAGCCAACUCCAGGAAUGGCUUUGCAUUUGCUUCUAAUUAGAGCAAUGAUGACCAUAUUCUUAGGCAAAAAUUACAUGCACCAAUGAUCUAAAUCUCAUACUUAUUGCUUCAAGAAUUAAAUGGAAAGAAGAGUCAGUGCUUGUCAGUUAUUCUAACUUUAAAAGUGCAAUAUUAUUAUUGCAUAAAUAAGCCAUGAUACUUGGUUUAGUAUAUUGCAGUUAAUAUCUUUAAAGAUAACAGAUGAACAAACUGUUUUUGAUGCAUUUUCUAUAUGUAGUCAGCUGAUGCAUGAGUUUUGGAUUCUCCUGUCUUUUUUCCUGUACAUUUACUUCACAUCUAAAACAGUUGUAUUUAAAUAUAUAAAAUGCUGUAUAAAUUGAUUGGCUAGAUCAAAUUUUAAAAUUUAGUAAAAUAACUAUGUAAAAUAAUCAAGCAAAUUCAUCCCUUAUUAAUGCAAUGUGUAUAACUAAAAUGAAAUAGUCAUUAACAUUUCAAAUAAACAAAACAGUGUAACAAAAAAAAUGUUUAGAAUAAUAUAGAUAAAAAAUUUCUGUGAAUGAAUUGGGUAACUUGGUUCUUUCAGAAUUCAGCACCACUAAUAAUGUGCAACAUUUCUUUACCCGCUGUCCUUUCUUUUUUACCCCUUAAGUUGUCCCUGUUAUUGUUACCACUGGUAAUUCUAAUUUUAUUAUGUAUUAGUUGCUAUUGGGUCCGAGAAUCACUGUCCCUAUUGCCUGGUUGCAGACCAGGUCUCCUAAAUUGGAAAGACCACAUUAAGAAGUACAUGAAAGCAACAAAGUUUAUUCUGUAUGUAAGUAAAAGUUUUUAAGAUUUACCCAUUAUCUUACCUGCUCACAACAGAAAACACCAGCAGUCCUGCCAUACUGCAAAACAUUCAGCAGGUUUCCUUUUAUAUGUGUAUGACCAGAUGGUAGUCAAUUCUGACUGUAUAUUUUGGCACAGACAUGGUAAGUAAUAGGUGUUCUUCCUAUUUAUUAAACAAGUAACAGUCCGUUCAUCAGAAAAUAUGUACGUUACACGUAAAAGCCCUUCAUGCUUUUAACUCUUAAGCUGUCCAAACGUAGAUCUACGUUUUAUUUUUCCUGCCUUCAAAUUUGGCACUAAUGGCCUGAGAUUUCUGGUCAGUAUAGAAUGGGUCUUGACACUCGGUGUGCACGGUAUUAAAAAAAAUCUGGAACCACUUAGUACCUUGUGGAAGCACCAGUUCAACUGAGUGCCAGCUAGAGCAAAUAGCAUGGCAAACACCAGGGAUUCACUGAUGUCAAGUCGUAUUAACACACCCCUUUUAUGAAGAAAGUGAUGCUGACCCAGGGUUUAGUGGCUUUGAGAUGGAUAUGGCCACAAGUGGUAGAGGAAAUAUCAAAAACCUCAAUAAUAACCCAUGUACAACAACAUUUGUACAAUAUCCUGUCAUUUCUGAUACCACUGGUAGUGUUAUCCUGCCAGAAUGUCCUAUAACCUAUGCCCUAAGUAAAGUGAAAUGAUUUUGGAAUGUAAUACGUGUUUGGCAGGCCGAGUGGCUGGCUGGCUGGCUGGCUGGCUGGCUGGCUGGCUGAGUGGCUGGCUGGCUGAUUGACUUUGGCUGUCUCUAUCUCUGUCUAUGUAUCUAUGCCUGUCUCUGUGUCUCUGUCUCUGUCUCUACCUCACAGGUAUACAUAAAUACAUGUAGUUAUUAUACAUAGUGUAAAUUACCUAGGAUAACCCAAAAAAUCCAGACAAAGUACUAUACUGUGCUUGUAGAUAAACGGCAUAAUAAGUAUGACUGGCAAGUAAUAUGCAUUUUCACUUGUUCAGGAAUCAGAUGUGACUCUGCAUCGUGUGUAAUUCCUGUUCGUUCAUGAUACAGACAAAUAGACAAACAGAUAGACAGACAAACAGAUAGACAAGCAGAUAGACAAACAGAUAGACAAACAGAUAGACAAGCAGAUAGACAAACAGAUAGACAAACAGAUAGACACAGAUAAUGUUUAUAUAUAACAGUAAAAACAAACAAAGCCAAGGCAUUGCACUAUCAUCAAGUGUCACUCACUGCUGCACUGUCAGCAAUGAAGUGACACUAGACUUACACAGUGCUGCUUCAAGGAGUUUCAUACAUACUCCAGCAUGUCUAAAACAUUGCUGGGACCAUAAAUACUAUGUAUACAUUUUGCAGACAAUAUUGAGUGACCAAGGCUGGUGAAAAUGUUCACCUGUCAGUGUGCUUGUGACUAUUUGAGUACCUAAUAUUAGUAUCAGAACAAACAUUGGCUAUGAAAUCACAAGAACUACUACAAUUUGUAAUUAUCAGAGCAAAAAAAUUAUAUAAAUUAAAAAAAAUAGAAAAAAAAAGGUAUAUCGGCAACACUUCCACAAGCGGCAGGACUCCAUGUUGCUGUUAGGUGAGCAUCCAGCGCCAGCUUUGCGGUCUUAUAUCUCGGUCAGUACCUAUCCUAAAAAUUUUUUGUCUUAUUACACACACAAAGUUGCCCUCUUUAAUUUAAUUUUUUUUAUUAUUUCCAAAAUAUUUGGAGUGCUGUCAGUGAAAACGUAGAUCAACAUUUGGACAGUUUAACCUGUUAACUGUCCAAACGUAGAUCUGCGUUUUAUUUUUCCUGCCUUCAGAUUUGGCGCAUUAGGCCUGAGUGGCCUAGACACAAGAGAAUGGAUCUGUGCACUCAGUAUGCGUCGUAUGAAAAAAAUUGGGGCCCCCAUAGUACUGCAUGGUAGCACCAGUUACAUUCAGCUCCAUCUUAAGUCAACAUCAUGGCAAACCCUCGUGAUUCACUCAUGCCUUGUCGUAUUAACACUCUUAUUCGAGGAAAGUGAUAUAGAAUGUGAGUUUAGUGGAUUUGACACCGAUGUGGCCACUAAUGAUCAAAGAAUUAGUGAAAAUAUCGACAAUAACCCAGAUGACCCUCAGCCCAUCACCUCUGGGGUGGCCAGUGUGGCCAUGUCAGACCCCCAGUCAAGCACUUCUGGGAUGGCCAGUGUGGCCACACCAGACCCUAAGCCAAGCACUUCUGGGAUGGCCAGUGUGGCCACACAGGACCCUGGGCCAAUCACCUCUGGAGUGGCCAGUGUUACUACCCACAGGCAACUACACAAGAGAAAAACUAUCAUUUCCCCACAGUUUCAGUGAUAGUGAAAGUGACUAUGAGAUUGAUUUUAUGCCAAUAGAGGGUUCGUCUAGUGAUAGUGAUAUUCAUUAUUCACCAGUGAAGUGUACUUUUAGGCGUUGUUGCCUACGUUCAGGCAGUGUGCCAUAUGCAAUCCCCAAGGGUCAUGGGAGGUCACAGCCUAAAACCCCAGCCAUUGAUAGUGAUAAUGGAAGAAUAUGUGGGGAUGGAGGAAGAGGUGGGUGGCAUGGUGCCUGGAGCACAUGGUGCAGUGGGUGGACAGACAAAGGACCGCAUGGCACCCCCUCAGCCAUGCGCUGCCUCCACUCCUGUCCCUCCUGUUCCCCCACACUCCAUGCCACAGGUCCACCCAGCACCAUGUGAGCACGAAUGGAACUGGACACAAAGUAUAUUCGUGCCACAGCCCUUUGAUUUUGAUGCAAGUGGCCAUGGCAUCUUUCCAGAAUGUCCCAUAAUGAAUGAGUCUACAGAGUUAGACUUUUUCCAUUUAUACUUUGACGAGCCUCUAAUGAACUUGCUAGUGACCCAGAUGAACAGUUAUUACCGCUAUAUCAUGGACAACACAGGUUGCAGAAUCAUCACAGCUGCAUAGGUGGAAAGAUACAGCUGUGGCCGAAAUGUAUUUAUUCCUUGCCACCGUCAUGCUUAUGCCACAUACAUAUAAGCAAAAUAUAGCACAUUACUGGUCCACAGAUAAGCAAAAUAUAGGACAUUACUGGUCCACAGACUACUUCGUCAGUACUCCUGUCUUCCAUGACCUCCUUCCCUGCAACAGAUUUAAUCUGUUGCUACGAGUGUUGCACUUCUCAGACAGGCAUAGGCCCAACAGUAAUGACCUAUACAAAAUCCAGGAAGUGUUUAUGUAUAUGAAGCAUAAAUUCAAUGCAUGUUUUUAUCCCUUCAAGAACAUUGUUGUCGAUGAAUCCUUGAUUCUGUUCAAGGGAUGCCUGUCAUUCAAGCAGUAUAUACUAAGCAAAGGUAAUUGCUUUGGUAUGAAACUUUUUGUUAUGUGUGACUGUGAGAGUGGUCUUGUGUUGGAUGUCAUUGUCUACACUGGGAGAAACACUCAGUGAUGACAGACGGAUGUUGGGGAUUUCUGGCGAUGUUGUUCGCAAGAUGAUGGAACUAUACCUUGGCAAGAGUCAUACAUUGUACAGACAACUGAUAUACAUGCCCUAUUCUUGCUGAUUUCGUAUGUGUGAACAAUACUGAUAUAGUAUGUGGAACAGUGAGAAGGAAUAGAAAACACAUGCCCAGGUUCAUUAGAGGCACUGUUGACGGUGUAGUGCAUGCGUUUUAUGCCACUGACAUCAUGGCACUGAUGUGGCAUGACAAACAGGACAUGGCAUUGCUGUCAACCAUCCACAGAAACGAGAUGGUACAAAUAAAGUGAACCAGGACACCAAUGAACGUAUUGUCAAGCCAGCUGUUGUGGUCGACUAUAUGAACAACAUGCGACUAGUUGACAAGUGUGACAUGAUGACAGGGUUCAUUGACUGUGUGCGUAGGAGUCAUAAGUGGUAUAUAAAAGUACUUUUCCACCUUGUAGACAUUGCAGUGCUCACUGCAUUCAAUAUGUAUGAAAUAAAGACUGGAAAAUGACAACAUUUCGCAGAAUUCUCCCCGAAUGUCAUAAAACAGAUAGCAAAAAAAGUAUGGUACCACACCUGUACCUGCCCUUGAUUAGUGAUAUGUCUCCCAACCACAACCACAACCACAGCCACUUGGGGAAGUGCCAGACCAAAUCAUUCCUAACUGUCACUUCCUGAUACCAGUACCACCUACCCCAAAGAAGAAGUAUUCGCAGAAAAAAGUGUGUUGUGUGUGCUAGCACCACAAAACGACCCCAACAGCAGAAGGACAUGAUUCAUGUGUCACCAAUGUGGGGUGGCACACUGUAUGAAUCCAUGCUUUAUGGAGUAUCGUACAAUUGUGGAGUUAUAGAAACAUAAGUGGGAUAUGUAAAUACUUGUACAGUGGACCCCCGGGUAACGAACUUUUUUCAUUCCAGUAGUAUGUUCAGGUGCCAGUACUGACCGAAUUUGUUCCCAUAAGGAAUAUUGUGAAGUAGAUUAGUCCAUUUUAGACCCCCAAACAUACACGUACAAACGCACUUACAUAAAUACACUUACAUAAUUGGUCGCAUUUGGAGGUGAUCGUUAAGCGGGGGUCCACUGUAUAUAGUUGUAGAUAAUAGAAUGUGAUUUGGCCAGGUGUGCAAAAUCACCUGUCAAGGUGUACAUGUGUGUUUGUGACAGUAUGAUUUCAAUUUCGUAUAUAAUAUUUGUGUUUAAACAACAGUUGGCCAUGAAAUCAAAAGAAUUACUAUAAAACAUAAUUAUCAUACCAUAAAAAUUAAGAAAAUUAAAAGAAAAAUUAAAAAAAAAAAAAACGAUAAAUAUGUAGAAUUCCUGCAAGUGGCAGCACCCCAUGUUGCUGCCAGGUGAUCAUCAAGUGCCAACUUUGCGGGCUCAUAUCUCAAUAAGUACUGACCCUAAAUUUUUUUUUAUCCUAUGUCACUUAGAAAAAUACACUGUUUAUUUAUAUAAAAAAGCUAACUUUUUUUUUUUUUUUUUUUUCAAAAUAUUCAGAGCACUGGGCAAGAGAACUUAGAUCUAUGUUUGGACAGGUAACGGGUUAAAGGUUAAUGGUGCUGAAAUAUGUGGUAAAAGGGAGAUUCCAUAGGGAAUGAGGAACAUUUGAAAUAUAAAAAGCAGAAAAAUAUUGUUUUAAUUUGGGAUCUGUUAAUCUGUGGACUACAGUGGACCCCCGCAUAACGAUCACCUCCAAAUGCGAAAAAUUAUGUAAGUGUAUUUAUGUAAGUGCGUUUGUACGUGUAUGUUUGGGGGUCUGAAAUGGACUAAUCUUUUUUAUUAUCAUACCGGCCGAUUCCCACCAAGGCAGGGUGGCCCGAAAAAGAAAAACUUUCACCAUCAUUCACUCCAUCACUGUCUUGCCAGAAGGGUGCUUUACACUACAGUUUUUAAACUGCAACAUUAACACCCCUCCUUCAGAGUGCAGGCACUGUACUUCCCAUCUCCAGGACUCAAGUCCGGCCUGCCGGUUUCCCUGAAUCCCUUCAUAAAUGUUACUUUGCUCACACUCCAACAGCACGUCAAGUAUUAAAAACCAUUUGUCUCCAUUCACUCCUAUCAAACACGCUCACGCAUGCC